AAGGAGAUGUAAUGUACUUCUGGGCAUGCCUUGAAGUUGAUCGCAGUGGUGAAGGAACCAUCGAUGCGCUUACAUUUUGGUCAAUGUGUGAUAUAUUAAAUGCUGGGCACUGCAGGUUUUAAGCCUGGUUUGAUCGAAGUUCAACUUCAUGAAUCUAAACAUGGGCCAACAUCAGGUUCAAUAGGUUAGAAAUGAUUAUUUUUUAUUGGUAGGCUAACUCAGAAUUUGUUGCUCAUGAACCUUGGCUGGGGGUUGGAUUUAGUUGUAGAAGAACUGCUUUUGAAAAUGCCUUCCGGAAGAUGUAUGUCUUGCCAUCUGAUAUGGAAGCUCUUCCUCCCAUGCCCAAUGUUGAAGGUCACUGGUCUGCCUUGCACAGCUGGGUGAUGCCUACCACUUCCUUUUUGGAGUUCAUAAUGUUUUCUCGGAUGUUUGUCAAUUCUCUACAUGGCUUGCAUACCAAUUCUAGCGAUGUCAAUAUUUGUUUGUUGGGUUCAUCGGAUCUUGAGAAAAAACACUGUUACUGUCGGGUUUUGGAACUCUUGGUCAAUGUCUGGGCUUACCAUAGUGGGCGUAGGAUGGUCUACAUUAAGCCGCACUCUGGUUUGCUUGAAGAGCAACAUCCGGUCGAACAACGAAAAGCAUUUAUGUGGGCUAGAUAUUUUAACUUUGCAUUAUUAAAGGGCAAGGAUGAAGAUCUAGCUGGGGCUUCAGACGAUGAUGACCAGCCAAGGAAGACAUGGCUAUGGUCAAUGACGGGCGAAGUGCAUUGGCAAGGGAUUUAUGAGAGGCAGAGGGAAGAAAGAUAUAGGCUGAAGAUGGAAAAGAAGAUGGAAAACAGGGAGAAAAAAUUGGGAAGGCGUAGGAAUGGAUACAAGAAGAAUCCACUUGGAUUAUAGGAUUACCUAGAACCUAAUAAAUGGCCAUAUUCUAACUUGGAAACACCAAUCUCUGAAAUCCUCUCUUUUCUCUAACUGGAAAGCAGGAAAAACUACUGUGGACAUGAGAAGCCUAGUUACAUCUAACAUCACACGGUUGGUCACACUUUUAUUUGAGUAAAUGCUUUUCAAGGAGUGGAGGGGAAACAACAAUAGCUUCCCAGACUAUUUGCCU